GCACAUCAAGCCCCACGAUCUCCUACACUUUUCUUCCCCAACACGAAUCGAACCUCACAGCCUCUUUCCUCCUCCGGACGCAAAUCAAAUCGAUUCAAUCCCGGCCCGAUCCGACCCCAAAAGAGGCAGAAGCAUUGCCGAAUUUGCGACGCCGUCAUCUCCGCUGUCUUCUUCGUCUCUGAUCUCUGAUCCGGCCGUCGGUUCUCGUUGGCCGCCCGUGCAUCGAUCGAGCGCUAUAAUAAAGCGCCCGCCUUUUUCUUCUCGCCGCCUCUUCACGUGCGGGGCCGCCACCGCCUCCCAUGCAAGCAGCGCAGCGGCGGUAGGAGCACGGGCAUCCUGUUCCUACCUCGCGCGCCCGCCUGCAGACGCUCCUGGUUGGUUGGACUUGGAUCGGCAGCCGAUGGCCGUGGAGGAGCCCUCGCCGCCGCCGGCCGCCGACUCGUCCGCGCCGCGGCCGCAGCAGCCGGAGGUCGGGGCGGGGGGACGGCGGACGGACAAGCAGGGCCGGCGCCUCGAGGUAUACAACGAGGUGCUCGCCCGCCUCCGCGCCUCCGGCGGCGUCGAGAUCUCGCCGGCCUUCCAGGACGCGCUCUGGGCGCACUUCCACCGCCUGCCCGCCCGGUACGCGCUGGAUGUGAACGCGGAGAGGGCGGAGGACGUGGUGACGCACCAGCGGCUGCUCGAGGAGGCGCGCGACCCGGCGCGCCGGCCCGCCCUGUCGGUGCGCGUUGUACAGGUAUCUAGGAUUAUUGAUGGUGAUAUGGAUGAUUCCUGUGAUCAUGAGAUGGAGAUGGUUCCUUCUAGUCACUUGCCCAGCCAAAUGGUUCAGCCCCCUCCUGCAUUCGGCUCGUCCUCCAAUCUAGAGGCACUAGCUCUCGAAGCAAAUGAGUCUGAUGUUGGUAGCAGCAAUAACGACGAUGAUAAUAGCGUUCAUCUCGUCUCCAGGCCAAUGCAUGAGAUAGCAUUUGCAUCAACUGAUAAGCCAAAGCUACUUAGUCAGCUGACUUGUUUGCUUGGUGAGCUCGGUCUUGACAUCCAAGAAGCACACGCAUUUUCAACAAUCGAUGGCUACUCACUGGAUGUAUUCGUUGUCACCGGUUGGCGUCUUGUGGGUACUAAACAGCUGCAAGAAAAGAUAAUGGAGAAAUUUCGCAGUGUUGAGGCACAAGCUUGUACAGUAUCAAGCGCAUCAUCACCUUCAUUGGAAGGCCUGCAAGGUGGAGAGAGUAGGCCCACAUCUACCAGUGUGCAAAUACCAUCAGAUGGAGCAGAUGUUUGGGAAAUAGACCUGAAGCUGCUCAAGUUUGGGAACAAGGUUGCAUCUGGAUCAAACGGUGACCUGUACCGUGGAUCAUACUGCAUCCAGGAUGUGGCCAUUAAAGUAGUGAGACCUGAGCGCAUCAGUGCAGAUAUGUACCAAGAUUUUGCGCAGGAAGUGUACAUUAUGAGAAAGGUUCGUCACAGGAAUGUUGUGCAGUUUAUCGGUGCCUGUACAAGACAGCCCAACUUAUAUAUUAUAACAGACUUCAUGUCAGGAGGGAGUGUAUACGAUUACCUCCAUAAAAAGGGCAGUUCCUUCAAGCUCCCAGAAAUACUAAGAGUGGCAACAGACAUCUCUAAAGGAAUGAGCUACCUGCAUCAGAACAACAUAAUUCACCGAGAUCUCAAGACUGCAAAUCUUCUCAUGGAUGAAAACAAGGUUGUAAAGGUUGCGGAUUUCGGUGUUGCACGUGUGAAAGAUACUUCCGGAGUGAUGACUGCGGAGACUGGAACUUACCGUUGGAUGGCUCCUGAGGUCAUAGAGCAUAAGCCGUAUGAUCACAAGGCAGAUGUUUUUAGCUUUGGCAUUGUUCUAUGGGAGCUUUUAACCGGCAAGAUUCCUUAUGAUUAUCUAACUCCACUGCAAGCAGCAAUAGGUGUUGUUCAGAAGGGCAUCAGGCCGACGAUUCCGAAGGAUACCAAUCCCAAGCUCGCAGAGCUGCUUCAGAAAUGUUGGCACAGAGAUUCAGCCGAGAGGCCCGAUUUCUCCCAGAUCUUGGAGAUCCUUCAGAGACUCUCCAAAGAGGUGGGAGCCGACGGCGACGGCCGGCAGAAAACAAAGUCGGGCUUCCUUUCGGCGCUGAAGAGGAGCCACUGAAGGCAGCAGCAGCACCAGCUCUAACAAAGCUUCCUCUGUGUUGAUGCCCGAGUAUAGGUGAUUCGAUGCCCGCGCUACUGUAGUGUACACUGAUAAUAAUUUCCUCACGUAGUAGCUGUUUUGCCCCAUUUCGCUUCCUCUUUUUUUUCUCUUGCCAUGUAUCAACUGUUCUUGUUCUAGUGUUAUUGUUGAAUGAACGUUAAAACACAAAAGAUCCGGAAAAAAAUCGUGGUAAAA